AUGGAGUUUCACCACCCUAGUGAUAUGAAAUACACUACUGAAAAACAGAUUUCACGACUACUACAGGCCGCCGCGGAUAUCGCGUUUUUCACCGAGUUUUACGCCACUUCACGUACCAUUCAAAGCAUUUUGAAAGUAGCUUUCGGGUUCGAUGACCUCAAGUCCAAUCUCAGCGCGGCCGGAGUAGUUCUCACCGCUUAUCUACUCACGCUGGGCACUGCUAAACUCCAGAGGAAACAAUGCGAGAUGUGGGAUAAGGAGCAGAAGAAAAAAUAG